AUAUUUAUCACACUUCCCUCUAGCAGUGAGUGACUGUGCGGCUUCAUUAUGAAGGACUAGAAAGCACAACACAAAGGCUCCAACAAGGAGAACAACUUGGAGGAAAUUGACUAUACAGGAAACGUGUUAAGCAACCAUUUCCAGUUAAAGAAGCAGGAGUACGAUGUCAGCAGGAAUGGGUUUGAUGGUCCAUAGUGUUCUCCUGCUGCUAACCUCAGGCGCUGUAUUGGCCUACAAGGUUGAAAAUGGAACUUUUGGAAAAUCCGUUUAUUUUUAUGAGUCUGUACCAACUCAAGUUAUUCCUUUCAUACAAUGGAUUUUUAACGAUAAUACAAUUGCACAGAUCAUUCCCUUUGGAACUCCUGUUUGUAUUGGAAAUCAGUACACAGGAAGAUGUAACCUGUAUGAAAAUGGAACUCUGAGACUGAACAGUCUGACAUUGGCAGAUGAGGGGAAUUAUACCAUGACUGCACAAUAUCCAAACACUACACUUAUAAAGAGGUCUAUCUAUGAACUCAGAGUCUAUAAUGUUCUCAAUGCUCCUGUCCUCAGUAGUAAUAGCACUUCUAAUAAUCUCAUUGGUGGCACCUAUGUGUCUCUCCACUGUAAUGCCAAUGGCCAAACUGUCACUACUUACACCUUCUACCUGAAUGGGAAGAACUGCUCUGGAUCCCAUGUGACCUGCCAGGAUGCCAAUCUCUACUUCCAGCCAAUCACAGGGAUUGACAGUGGACGCUACACCUGCACCAUACAGAACCCUGUCAGCUCCAGCACCAGCAACACCCUACAUCUAAAUGUAUCAGAUCCGGUCUCUGACGUGAAAUUAACCAGCAAUAUAUCAGGAUGGGUCUGGCCGGGAAUAGACGUGGUGUCUCUGACCUGUUCAGCUCGUGGUACAAAUAUCACUUACUCCUGGAGCCUUCAGGGGGUGCCACUGCCCCCGGACUCCCGAUACCACUUUACUGUGAACAACACAGUCCUAACAAUCAGCAAUGUCACUGCUAAUGACACUGGAAACUUCACCUGUACAGCCACCAACUGGAUAAACAACCAGACCAGCAAUGAAGUAAAUCUCACACUGGGCUCUAAGAUCUCGGCUGUGACACUGACCGGUAACAUAUCGGGAUCAUAUAUUUGGGUUGGAGAAGACUCUGUGUCUUUACAUUGCUCAGCUGAUGGAUCGAAUGUCACUUUCUUCUGGACACUAAAUGGAGCACUAAUAACCCCGGGUUCUCAGUAUCGGAUAUCAGAAGGUGAUUCUCCUCUACUCUCCAACCUCCUCAUCAGUCCCGUCUCUAAAACUGAUGCUGGACCUUUCAUCUGUGCAGCAUCUAAUCGGCUCGGAUCUAAAACCAGCAAUGCCCUGAACCUCAGCUUGGCCUGGAAUCCGGAAGAAAACAUUGCUUGCUCUGUUAUGCCUGAUGGACAGGAUUUUAAACUUGGCUGUUCCUGGUCAGGAGGGCAUCCAGAAGCUAAUGUGUCCCUGACCUUCAAUGGAACAACAGAGAAUGGAACGAACAAUGUAACCAGCCCGGCAUCCAUAGGUGAUGUUCAAGGAACAGAUCUCACUUGCCUUGGAGAUCAACUAGGAAGAAAAUCACUUUGCACAUUGAGAAUAGGACCCCCAGAGGCCCUGGGACAUGACAACACCACCAUCACUGAUACAAGAGUUGGGGGGACUGUAAAUCUGACAGUGACCCUGGAACUUGGGCUGCCAGCAACUUUCACUUGGCUCCAUUCCCUCUCUAGCCAAAGCAAGGAAUCUAUCCAAAUCCGGGAAUCCUCAGAGAGCAGCACCAAUUUUAGUUCAAGUUACCUGAUCCGAGAUGUGACUGUGAAUGAUGCUGGAAAAUAUGAAUGCAUAGCUAAGAAUAUAAUUGGAACUCAGAGCUUUCUCUUCAUUGUCAGUGUGACUGAAAAUGGCUUGACCGGUGGUGCAAUAGCUGGUAUUGUCAUCGGGGUUUUGGCUGGUGUUACUUUAAUUGGAAUCGCUGUGUUCUUCAUUGUGAAGAAAAAAACACAUAUUGGGCGUAACAAAAGAGUAAGUGAACCUGAAUACCACCUAGAAACACCAGAAAAUCAAACAUAUGUAAAUGUUCCUGAACACAUCUAUGAAAGAACUUUGCCAGGCACUCAGGGGAACACAAGUCAAGAAUCUCACUAUGAGCAACUAGCACACAAUGACAAAUCCAUAUACAGCAACAUGGCAAAUACUGCUGGAAAAUACUGAAGGAUUUUUAGAUGCAUCAUACUCACAUAAUGCAUACGACCCCCAAUCAGCAUGAGGACAUAAUUUCUUCUGUGAAAUUCUCCCUGCAUCAUCUUAUCUCAACCUACAAAAUAGUGCAGACCAGACCAUAUACUUUUCACUGUUCUAUAAAGAAAUAGUACUGCUAUAUAUUGGUCAUGGUCAAUGAAUGAGGGCUGAAGCAAGUUUGGUAUUGGUAAUUUAAAUGACAAUGAAAAAGUCAGUGACCAAAUAAGUAUAAUUUUAUUUCACCCAUGGAGCAGGCAGAAUGUUUGUUAAGCUGUUACCUUGCAGUGCUGGGUGCUGUAUUAAAACAUACUGCUGGUUUGUUGGGCUUCUACCUAGGAGUUGGUCCUGGAAUGGGUUGAUGACUGUUGUAGGAGUAUUAGAUUGUUAGCUUUUUCAGGAUGUAUAUGAAUUUCAGUGGGGACUGUGUAAAGCUCUGUAGAAUAUGAUGAGGUACUUCUGAUGAAGUCAAGAGAGUUCAUCAGAGGAGUCAGGAGUAUGUAAUACACCAAAUUCAGGGGUUAGGAGUACUUAAUGCACAGAGUUUGCCCAAUCGCGUUCUUCGAUCAACUAACCAAAAUCUACUACAAAUUCCCAAGGCCUGCUACAAGACCAAAGGAGA